AUGCUGUCGCGCGCCACCCGGCUCAACGGUAGUAGUCUGCUGCGAGUCCUUUUCUUCCUCUGUGUGCUCAGCUUCGGCGCCGGCGUCGUGCUCUGGUACACCAUCAACUCCGAUCGCGAAUUCCUGCACCCCAUUCUCACCCAGGUCAUCCCAGCCGGGCACUGCGCCUGCGAGUCCGCCACCAUCUUCGAGUGCAGCACAUGCCUCACCUGCUCACACCAGGACACACCGCCAGCCGCCGAAUCAGGCAGUGAAACAUGGCAAUUCGAGUACAAGCGCGACGGCCAAAAUGCAGGGCUCAGCCAUAGCCAGUGCAAUGCCGCGUUCCCAGGCCUGUUCGAGGACGUCAACCGGGCGGGCAAGUACUGGAGCAAGCAAGGGGGUCUGUCGACUGCCGAAUUAGACGCCGUCCCUCUGAAUCAGGGGAUGGGCCGUGCAAGAAUUGCCAACGGCCAGCUGUAUGUGCUGGCAACCCGCGCCAUGGGCGAGGACCACCGCCGGAAAAUCGUCGCGGCGUUGAGCGCGAUGCACCGGGCGCUGGCGGCGGACGAGAACCGCGCGACCAGGCCCGAGAUUGAGUUUGUUUUCUCGGUCGAGGAUAAGCUCUCUGAUGUUGCGAGUGCCGAGCACCCUGUUUGGACGCUCGCGAGGACGCCUGGGGAGGAGGCUGCUUGGUUAAUGCCGGAUUUUGGGUACUGGUCUUGGGACCACCUGCAGACAUCGAUCGGCCCGUAUGAUGAGGUUGUUGAGCAGGCUGCGCAGUAUGAUCAGCCCUGGGAGGAGAAGGAUCCACGACUGGUAUGGCGGGGGAAGCCGAGUUUCGCACCGAAGCUGCGUAGAGCUUUGAUGGAUGCGACGCGGGGGAAAUCGUGGGCGGAUGUGCAGCCGGUGGACUGGAAGACCAAGUCGAAUGUGUUAAAGAUGGAGGAGCACUGCAAGUACAUGUUUAUUGCGCAUGUGGAGGGACGGUCGUACUCGGCGUCUCUGAAAUACCGCCAGGCGUGUCGAUCGGUCAUUGUCGCACACCAGUUGCAGUACAUCCAGCACCACCACUACCUGCUCGUCUCGUCUGGGCCGCAGCAGAACUACGUCGAGGUCGCACGCGACUUCAGCGAUCUGGAGGCGCACCUCGAGCCGCUGGUCGCCGACUCCAAGCAGGCAGAGCGCAUCGCGGACAACAGCGUGCGCACGUUCCGCGAGCGAUACCUGACAGCGGCAGCAGAGGCGUGCUUCUGGCGGUCGCUGUGGGAUGGAUACGGGGAUGUCUUCAACGCCAGCACCGAGCGACGAGGGCUGCGGUACGAGUCGUUUAUCCUUCAGGAGAGCGAGAAGAUGUUUGACUUCAAUAGAGCAUAG